AUGAAAUCUGCUGUAAUACUAAUAAAAGAUCCUCAUGAUUGCCUUAAAUACGAAACCAUAUUAUCCAAUACCAUUGAGCUAUUGCUACGAAGUGAGAUCACCAGAGAAGCUCAAGCUUUGUUAGUGGAUCAAAUUAACAAUAAGCCAGAUAGGACUUCUAAACUCGCGAAAUAUUUGCAGAUUAAAAGCCAAUUGACCAAGCUGCUCUAUUUUCAUAUUAAUACCAGAAUUGAUGAUGUGAAUGUCUUAGAGAAUGUGUUGGUCGGGUUUUAUGAUUUGGCAAGAAGAAUCAUUUUACAAUUACAAAAACUGUACGGGUGUCCAAUUCAGAUCCCAAUUUUCACUCAGGUGUUAUUCAAUGUUAGUGAUAUCAAUGCUUUAAACAAAGAAGAUGGGAAGCCAUUAUAUGGUUUUGAUUUGAUUGUUGCAGACACCAAGAAUAUCACGUCAUUAAUCCAGCAAUUCAAUUAUCAAGGUAAUAAUUCAGCCACCAUUAAAUCAUUUGAAUUAGAUGAGAUGGUUGGCGAAGUUCAAGACACGUUAUUUUAUGAAAACAAUGAUAAAGUAAAACAAGUCAAGGUUGGGUGUGUGGGAGGCACCUUUGAUAAUUUGCACGAUGGCCACAAGAUCUUGUUGUCGAUUGGGUCAUUCUUGUCCACAGAUUCUCUAAUCAUCGGGGUGUCUAUCGCGGCAAUGUUGGCUAAAAAGAAAUUUGAUGAAUUUUUACAAAGCUACAAAGCAAGACAUGAUACAGUGAUGGGGUUUGUCAAACGAUUGAAACCAAAUGAUGAUUAUAAAGUGAAUAUUCAUGAGUUGAACGAUAUGUAUGGACCAACAGCCUUUGUGGCGAAUAUGGACUUACUAUUAGUGACCGAGGAAACCGCGAAAGGUGGUGGGAUGGUCAAUGAUAAACGUAAAGAGAAUGGAUUGAAUGAGUUGGAGAUUUUUGUGGUGAAAUUAAUCGAAGAUGAUAAACGAGUUGAUGAUAAGAUCAGUAGCACAUUUAUCAGAGAAGGCCAGUUUCACGAAUUUGAAAAAUUAGUGGGUAAAGUAGAUAAGGAAGAAUAA